AUGCUAUUUGUAAUUUUUAUAAUUAGGAUGAUUAAUGCUUCAUGCAUAGAUAGGACAUUAGAACAAUGUCUAAUUUUAAAUUUUACUGACAAAGAGUAAUGUCAGAUUUCUUCUGGUUAAUGUUCACCGAGAUCAAAAAUAUGUUUUGAAAUAGAUGCUUCGUAUCCUUUAAAUUGUAAAACAUCCUAAUGUUACUAUGACAAAUUUUUAAAUAUAUGCAUGGUAAUUUUCAAUCAUGAUAGUAGGAUGUUCAAUAAUCUCGAAUUCUAGAAGAAAUCGGACAAAGAGGAGGUGGAAAUGGGGAAGGUGGAGGUAAUAUUGGAAGUAGAACAAGAGAUAAUGAUAGAGAAGGCAAUAAUGAUGAAAAAUAUGGUUCUGAAGAUGAUCAUGAAUCAGAUCAUGAUGAUGAUGAUGAAGAAGAAGAUAAAAAUUAAAAAUAUAAUGAUGAAAAUUCCCAUCAAUAAUAAUAAAAUUAAUAGACAUAAUAAUAACCUUAAAAUCCAUAAUAGCCAUCAUCGCCAUCAUCGCCUUAGUAACCAUAGUAACCGUAAUAACCUUAAUAACCAUAAUAACCAUAAUAACCAUAAUAACCAUAGAACCCAUAAUAACCAUAGAACCCAUAAUAACCUGAAUAAUCACAAGAAUAAUAAUAAUAAACCUAAUCAACAUAAUAACCUUAAAAUUCUGAUCCUAAUAUUAAUGGAAAGUAAAUUUAUAAUUUUAUAAUAAGUUAAAAUAUCAAUUAAGAGGGUAAUGGAUAAAACUCAAACAAUUCUCAAUAAGAUGAUAACGAUUCGACUUAAGGUAAAUUUAUAAUGUAUUAAUUAAGAAACUUAAAUCAUAUAGAAUGAGCUUGAUGAUAAUUCAGAAAGUAAUUUAUUUAAAAUAUUGAUUCUAGAUAUUAGUUUGAAUAAUAUAAGGAUUGAAAAAUCUAUUGAAGAGGAUAUAAGACAUAAAAUCUAAGAAGCUGAAAAUGAAAAAUCGUUAGAGUUAAAGAAUAAAGGAAAUGGUUUAAUUUUAUCAUUUGCUUUAAUGAUAAUUUGGAUAUGAUCAUUAUUU